CCAGAAGGCCCCGCAAGCGGCAAGUCGCAUCACGUGAUAUCUUGAUCCAAUCACUGCACCCAGGAGAGUUUUGCCCGCGUCACACAAAUUCAGCGCGCCCAUAUUCUGCCAGGAGUGGAACUUAUCGCUGCAAGUAGCUCCGCCCAUUGUACCUGGCGCAAACCUGAACCUGCAAGUGCUAAUGUGAACUGUAUGGGGAGAUGGAUGCCAUCUUGCCCACAGUGGCAGAAGAACUUCUCCGUGAAAUUAAACGGAAUUAUCAAGAAACCUCACAAAUUACUGAUGAACUCCUUCUCGGAUUAAAGUUCAUCUUUGGGCCUACGGCACUGUACGCGCUGGAUUUAGUUGAUCAGCGUUCAGUGAGCCAUGUGACAAGUCCAAGUGGAAGGUCAACGUUCCAGGUAGUUGGAAGCUCGGGUAAAAUGUACACGUGUUUUGCCUCUUGUCAUUAUUGUUCCUGCCCCGCUUUCUCCUUUUCUGUGCUAAGGAAGAAUGACAACAUGCUGUGCAAGCACAUCCUAGCAAUCUACCUCAGCCAAGCCAUGGGACUUUGCCAGGAACUCACUGUGACUGAUAAGCAGAUGUGCGACAUACUGUUCCCCAAAGAGGAUUAGUGUGUGGAAUAUACCGGAAUGGAGCCAGAUGUGUUUUUUUUUUUUUAUUUUUUUAUUAUCCAAGUAGCCAACCUGCCUGGGGCCCUCAGUUCUCUUGUUCAUGUCGACAAACAUCACAGACUGCUGGAGUGGAUAACCUUUGGGUACAAGUGGGUCAGCUUCAGAGGGUGUCCUUUAGUGGUGAAAGAUAGUAAUGGAGUAACUCCAAAGGAGUUGGGUCCUAUGUGACAUGUGAAUUAUUUAAUAUUAAGAGGUUUAUUAAAAUGAGUUUGUAUUUAUGUUGUAGCUGUGUUUGUUUUACAUAGACAUGCACAAAUCAACUUAAAGAAAGGAGAUAUCGGUAAGUAAAGUUAGAGACAGAAUAGAUUGUAGAUACACAAAGGGGGGCCCCUUGAGACUUCCUGUAAUGUGGAAACAGUGGGAAUGGUGAAGCAGUGCUGUUUUUGUCACUGUAUCCAGACUGUCAGGGCAGAUAAGCUUUGUAGAAGAAGUGACUUACCUUAGGGUUGGCAAAAGCUGACCAUGCACUCACUGAUAUAAAACAAUUUUUACACCGCGUGAAUUAUUGCCCCAACAGUUUUCUUACCAUGGCGAUCAAACAGGUUAGAAAAUUUUGGUCGAAAAACGAUAAUAUCUGUGCAUGUAUGGUAUCUGACGAUAUCCCUGGCUGACCUCCAAAGUAUUUCCGGGACAUAACAUUCGUACGAUUGUUGUCUGGCUAUUAUUAAUGAUCAGAACAUCAUCAGAUUUGUUAUUUUUGAACUUUAAUCAUACAAUUGCAAUCUGAAUGUUAGUUCUAGAUACUUGCAUUAAAAGCUACAACCAAUACCCAAACAUUUAUCGUAAGACGACUAAAACGUAUAUGUGUAUGGCCUGCUUUACAGUUUGGUUAGCUGCUUUGCUUGUGUGUUUUGGUGCGUUUCAUUUCUUUAUGCUGCAGUGCUUUGCUUAUCUCUCACUUCAGUACAGAAGUUAAUAUUCUGCUGGACACGGACCAGUACUAGUCAUGCUGCAAAGGAACAUCAUGUGGGAUCAUGGUAAAUAUAAAUGCGGUUUAAGCAAAAUCACAUUAUCCAAAUUUUAUUUUCAAAACAUUAUGCUGCUUUUGCCUUGUGUUUUGUGUGAAGCCCAUCACGCCAACCUUGACUCUGAGCUUUGUGUACACCCCAACUUAUAUAUUUUAAGAAGGCAAAACUGUUAUGCUCUUCUUCCCUCAGCGCCAUAAUAACCCCCAGUUGUUAAUAAAUAACCUUCAUUCUUAUAUUUGUUUUAUAGCUACAGUACCACAAAAGAAUACAUGGCUCAGUGUUGAAAUCUGGACAAGCAAAUAUAUAUAUAUAGAAACACAUACAGCUACAAACUGCAAACAGUUUCUGCAUGACAUACUGUAGUUACUGCCUUGAUCUUCCGUUUAAAUGCAUUGUGCAGCGUAGCAGAACCCUGAGUAGAAGAACAUACUGUAACUCUGCAGCUGUUCCAAAAGCUGUGACAUUUCUAUUGGAGAACCAAACUAAACAUUUAGGGGCAUAUAUAUUAUAGUGUGUAAGCCAACAUCACUGGUGACUUUGCCCAUAGUAACCAAUCAGAUCUUUGCUUAUCUUGUUACCAUUCAAAUCUAAAUGCCGAUUGGUUGCUGUGGGCAACAUCACUGGUGAUGUUGGCUUACAUACUAUAAUAAAUAUGCCCCAUAGUCACUGAUAAGGUUUCAAAAAGAAUAAUGAGAGACAAAUGCUUUGUGUUUUAUGUAAAAUCUGUAUUCCUUUUUAUAUACAAGUGUCAAUAAACAUUACAGUAAUGGGUCAGAUGUCACAGGUACAUCACUAAUAAGACAGUUGUUAUAGGACACUUCAGAUAGGAGGGUGUCACCAAGACAUUGCUUUGCCAAAAGCCAUGUUUGUUCAUGUCAACAUCCUCAACCAAUGAAUGCAUCCAAGAUGUUUUGUAUUAAUGAGAAAUAAAUUAAACACAUGAAGUCUUA